AUGGUGACUGUCACGGAUAUCUUUGGGCCGCAACCGCCUGGUAUUGAUUUAAGUGACAAUGAAACUCCCCGGAUUAAUGCAGCUGUCAUUGCCCUGUAUACUAUUGCCGUGAUCGCUGUAUUAUUACGAUUUAUUGCAAGAACGAGGGUUCAGAAAGUUGGCUUGGGGAUUGACGACUGGUUGAUUGCAAUGUGCCUUAUUCCGUUAACUGCUUUGCUAGCUGCAACUAUAUUGGCUGGGAAGUCCGGUCUGGGCAAGCAUGUGUGGAGUGGAACGCUCGAAGAUGUAGUGAAUAUGAGAAAGAUUCUCUUCGCCUACAUCUUCAUCUACUUGGUACUCCUCCCCCUGAUCAAGAUAUCGAUCAUCCUCCUUUAUCGCCGCAUCUUCGGAAUGAAUUGGAUGAUGUGGGUCUGCCUAUCUCUCAGCAUUGGCUACGCUGCCUGCUGUACAAUCGCUUUCUUAUGUGCAUGCCAACCACUGUCAUACUUCUAUACUCAAUUCGUCCAUCCAUCGGGGGGAAAGUGUCGCAUCAACCUGUACGGAUUCUACAUCGGAAACGCAGUAUCGAAUGUUUUCACAGACGUCAUCACACUGCUUGUACCAAUCCCAAUCGUCUCAAGGCUUCAAAUACGCACGAUGCAGAAGAUACUGGUAUCCGGUAUUUUCCUCCUAGGUGGGUUCGUCACCAUCGCGAGUAUCGUUCGAAUUUACUAUAUGACCUUCCUCGCAAAAGAUCCCGACAUCACCUGGGUCAUGGGCAACGUAUACCUAUGGUCCACGAUCGAGCCCUGCAUCGGCAUUCUCUGCGCCUGUCUACCAACCCUCAACGCGCUUCUGCGAAGAACUACAACGCUUCUUUUCGGCUCGAAGGCCGAGCGGCUAUUUGGGAGCCUUUCGCUAUCGGCUUCGAGAAAGAAACAUCGGAAUGGGGCACGGGGCAAGAUUCAUUCGUUCCAGCAACUAGAUGGAUAUGGAGGCAGUCGCACGGACCCACAGGUCCAGCUGCGUCCUGAGGAUGAAAUUGUGCUCACGACUGUUUCGGCCCAUUCGGAUCCUAACACCUAUAAUAAGGAGACGGAUAGUGUGAAGCUUGCGAAUGGCUCGGCGCCUUUUGCUAUUAGGGUUAAACAUGAUUUUGAUUGGAAGGAGGAGCAUCCUUGA